UCUACUACGUUGAUGGAGUGAAUGAUAUUCUCAUUAGUCCAACGAAGAUCUCAACAAGUUGGGUUUUUAGUUUGGAUAGUUUUUACUUUGGAUAGUUAAAAACUGUUAGGACUCUGAGAACAAUUCAAAAUGGAUAAGAAGUUGGAGCUCUCUGUGCAAGUUUCCCACCACCGGACUCUAUCCCGGCACCCUGCUUCACCGGUAAUCAGCCCAGUGGGUUGUACAUCACAGAAUGCCAAACUCGGAGAGUACUUCACACACCGGGCAUCGCGCCACGCUAACGACGCUUUCGUCGCGAUGAAUCGUAUGCGUCAACAAGCGACACUAUGCGACAUCAUACUUAAAGUCGGUGACAAGGUUAUUUCGGCUCAUAAGUUGGUCCUGGCGUCUUGCAGUGCAUACUUCCAUGCAAUGUUUACAAGUAAUAUGACAGAGUCUCGACAGACUGAGGUUUGCCUGCAUGACAUCCAAGCAAGUGCAGUAGAACAACUCGUUCAGUUUGCGUACACGGCAGAAAUUAACAUUGGAGAGAAGAAUGUACAGGCUCUCCUUCCAGCAGCCAGUGUCCUACAGCUUCACAGCGUCCGCGAUGCCUGCUGUAAAUUCCUCCUCGGUCAGCUUGAUCCGUCAAACUGCCUCGGGAUCCGACGCUUUGCCGAUAUGCACGGAUGCUACGACUUGGAGCAAUCAUCACUUCUCUACUCGCUGCAGAAUUUUAAUCAUGUUGUGAAUACAGAGGAGUAUCUUCAUCUACCUGUUGAUGAGGUUGCCCAACUCAUCUCCAGUGAGCAGUUAAACAUAACGUCAGAGGAAGACGUUUUCAACGCAGUAGUGAUGUGGGUGAGAACCGAUCUACAACCCCGACUAAAAUAUGUUGACAAGUUGAUGGAGCUAGUUCGUCUACCUCUCCUCACCCGAGACUUUUUAGUCAACAAUGUUGAGACGGAACCGAUUAUCCGAGGCAGCCCCGAGUGUAAAGAUUUCCUGAUUGAAGCGUUGAAGUAUCACUUGCUACCAGAACAGCGAGCCUCAAUGCAGACACCCCGAACUAAAGAGAGACAUAACUCAGCCUGUGUACCCAUGCUGUUCUCUAUUGGCGGUGGUAGCCUAUUCGCAAUUCAUAGCGAGUGUGAAUGUUACGACCCACGGAGUGACACGUGGCACGCGUUAGCACCCAUGAGCACCCGGAGAGCCCGACUAGGCGUAGCUACUAUCAGCAGGCUGGUGUAUGCAGUCGGAGGAUACGACGGUACAGUUGACUUGGCCUUAGUUGAAAGUUACAACCCACAAACAAACGCAUGGAAAGAGGUAACGCCGAUGGGUACCAAGCGAAGCAGCUUAGGUGUGGUGGUCCUGAAUGGACUUCUGUAUGCUGUGGGUGGGUACGACGGAGCGUCUUGUCUGAACAGUAUGGAACGAUACGAUCCCUUGACUAACACCUGGACUUCAGUAGCUGCUAUGUCAGUUAGAAGACGCUAUGUGAAAGUCACUGUCAUGGACGGUUGCUUGUAUGCGAUCGGAGGUUACGACGGCUCAUGUCACCUUUCCAGCGUUGAACGCUACGACCCACAGACGAACAUAUGGGUACAAAUGCCGCACAUGAUCAGCCGACGCAGUAGCACUGGAGCAGCUGUGGUUGAGGGCGCUCUUUAUGUUGUUGGUGGGAAUGAUGGAGCGGCUUGUCUGAGUAGUGCAGAGCGGUUUAAUCCGGAUAUCAACCUGUGGGAACCGGUUCCGUCUAUGUCUGUCAGGAGGAGCACCCAUGAUGCUGUUGCCAUGGACAACCAACUCUACGUUGUCGGGGGAAACGACGGCAGUAGCAGUCUAAACAGUGUGGAGCGCUAUGAUCCCAAAACACACCACUGGAACAAUAUAAGUACCAUGGUAACAAGAAGAAGUAGUGUAGGCAUUACGGUAACUAAGGUGGUGUCCCAUAUUGGGCUCAAUCAAGUUAAGUUUUGAUGGGGGAACAAAAGCUUACGCUGAACACUGUGCAAUAUUAGUAACCCGAUUGGUGUACUUUUUAAAGUGUGCAUAAAGCAUUGCUUACCAUAAACUUUACAGCAAACAUUCUUAUCUACAAGCUUUUAUGGUUCAAGAUACUGUACUGAUCAUUCUCAACUUGGAUAUUUUGAUUUUUGGAUUUGUCAAAGAGUGUGUUGCAUCUGAAAUUGAUCGUUUGUUGAAUUUUGUUUACUCUUUAUCAACUUGCUGCCUUCAGAUGAUUCUGAGUAAACUUUUCAAACAUAUGAAUAUAGACCAAAUGUUUUUUCCCGGACGAACAGCGAACAGUUUUCCUAAAACUUAACAAAUAGAUCUUUAAGCAAACAUUGUAUAAAGUUGGCAAGCCUUGACAACAUCAGUUCAACAGUUACUAGAAAAGAAAUUGUUUGCAUUUUUUAUAAAAGGAUAACAAUUUUAGUAAAUAAUUGUGAAAAUGUUUCAAAACAAAAAGCUAA